ACAAAGUACACCAUAUUCUGAUCCCAGCGGGAACUUGCAGCCAACUUCUAGUGGGAAUAAGUUUCCUACUGGGGCAUCGUAUGAUCCUACAAAAUCUACAACUCCAGCACAUACACCAAUUACACAACAUCCACCAUCUUCGAAUAAUCCUCCAUCCAUAUAUGAUAUUAUUCGGGUUGCUCAGUUUUUCGUGACUACUGCUCUAAUUUCUUUACCUGGUAUUCCAUAUGGUUACCGGGAUGUAAUAUCCAAGCUCGGUUGGGCAAUAGGUUUGCCGAGCAAUAAUGUUUUUAAUAUCUCAUAUCUGUCUAAUAUUGCAGAUGAGCAAGUAAGAGGGGGAAUAUGCCGUAUGGUUAAUUUCUGUUCAAAUUUAAUCAAAAGUCCCGUUGCAUAUAAUAGUGACAGCACGUGCGCAGAUAUUGGUCAGCCCACUCCUUCUUCAAAAGAGACUGGACUUACAUCUUUUGGAAAACUAUUGGAUGCUCCAGAUUAUAAUUUAUUUUUCAUUGCGUUUAUUUCAUUCUGUUUCACGUUAGGGGUCGCUCUUGUUAUUGUAUUGUUAAUUUGGUUGUUUGCAUGGUCGUGCAAAAAAUUGCAGACAAGCUUAUGGAAGAAAUGGUCCUUCUUGAAAAAAGCAGUGGACAAUCUUCACCUUUUGAUACUUGGUGGAUUCAUACGUGCACUGAUACUAUUUUACUAUCCCAUAACCCUUUUUGCCUUCUAUCAAUUGGCGCUUAUCAAAGAUUGUUGGCUAUUUAUUUUUCUUGCCGUAAUUUGUGUGACAUUCUUGUCAUUAGGUGCAAUGGCCUUUUGCGGUUACAAAAUCUUGCGACCAUACUUUUUUGAAAAUUGGGAUGAAUAUAAAAAACCAACUUAUACCAUCUUUUAUAGCUCGCUCUACUCUCAAUAUCAUGAAGAAGAAGAUAAAAGUUCAAAUUGCGUUUGGUUCUUUGUUUUUACAACUACUUAUGAUUUUCUUCGAGCUAUUAUCAUUGGAUUGGGUCAACGAAGUGCAAUUGCACAAAUUAUCGGUUUACUUGUCACGGAAGCGAUUUUCUUUUUCUUAAUAGUAAAAUAUAAACCGUAUAAAAGUCGAAUGAUACAAUGGUUGAAGACAGGUAUAUCGAUUGUACAAUUCGUAGUUGUUAUUUUAUUAAUACCAUUCUUUGGAAAUACACCUCUUGUAUAUCGAAUUGUAAUUGAUUAUAUUAUGAAGUCGAUGCAAUUCAUUCUUACAAUAUUGAUAUUCUCUAUUACAAUCGUAACUUUGUAUAUUGUAAUCCGAAAUCUCAUAAAUGGAGAUAAAGGAAGUAAAAAUGAUGAAAAAGACGAUGAUGAUGAUAAACGCGAGAUAAUUGGAGAUAAAAAUUAAUUAAUUGAUUAUAAAAUAUUUGACAUUUAUCAUUAGCGAUUGUAUUUAAUUAUAUAAAUAUUUUUAUUUUUGUUAAUUAAUUAUGUAUAAUAAAUAAAUAUAUUUAUUCUUAAAGAAAAUAAUUUAAAUAG